GUGUCCCCCCGCUGCCGUACCUGGGGGUGUGUGUGUGUGUCCGUGUGUCCCCACUGCCGUCCCCGGGGGGGGAGGUGUGCCGCUGCCGGUAGAGCGGUGGCUUUUGCUGGGAUAAGGAUAAAAACGUCUCCUUUCAGAUAACAGCGUGGCGUGGUUCUCCAUUCCAUGCCAUCUGCCCCAGGUGGGUUCCUGCAUCCGACCUGGCUAAAGCCCGUUAGUGGUGGCUGUGAUCCCAUUCACCACUGGUGCACACGGAGGGGAGCUCCGCGGCAAGGGGGGGCUGUCAUGACCAGCCAGUGCCAUGCUGUCCAGGGGCAAGGCACGCUCCGUUCUGGGUUGUGGCUGGCUCCAGCAAGCAGCCAGGCCGGUGGUUUUGCACGAAGCUCGGUUACAGGAGCGUGCGGGUCCUUGAUGACUCGGAGCCGGCUCGUGGGCACAUGUGUGAAAGCCCUGCUUUGCCUGUUACUGCUGCACUCCGAGAUACAGCGGUGACUCAGAGAAUCUUUGAUACGUAUGUGUUAUCUGGCUGCUUGCAACGGUGAUCCCUGGAUCCCGGCCUUGUGAGAUGGGGCUUGCAUGCAGGAGGUCUGGAAAGGUUCCUCCUCUGUUGGAGGAGGUGAUGUGGCUGGUGCCUCUCCUUGGUGUACAGGCACAACUUCUUCCUUAGACUGGCACGUGGUGUUCACUAGUGAAGCACACGAGCUGAAGGAAACAUUCUCCGUACCACAGUCGUCCUCUCCUCUGGGGCUUGACUAUGACAGUAAAUCUUCCAUUUUAUUUACUGGUAACUUUUUUUCAGAGCGAGCGAAAGAAACAGGAGCAAAUCGAAGUCCAGAAGGAGAAGCAGAGAGAGCUGAUCCUGCAGCUCAAGACACAGCUGGAUGACCUGGAGACGUUUGCUUACCAGGAGGGCAGCUAUGAUUCUCUGCCACAGUCUGUGGUUAUGGAAAGACAGCGGAUGAUUAUAAACGAGUUGAUAAAGAAGCUGGACAUGGACUUGAGUGAAGAUAUUGCAACGCUCUCUCCAGAGGAAUUACGACAGCGUGUGGAUGCUGCCAUAGCGCAGAUUGUUAAUCCAGCCAGGGUGAAGGAGCAGCUGGUGGAACAACUGAAGACACAGAUAAGGGACCUUGAAAUGUUCAUCAACUUCAUUCAGGACGAAGUUGGAAGCUCCGGUAAGGCGGAGGAUGGACACUGUGAAUGUGCGGGCAGAAAAGAUGGUGGUGGCUCCUACAAACCAAAUACACGGCCUUCUGGAAACAGAGUGAACCCAGAAGACGCCAGGAAGAUGCGAGAAACGGGUCUGCACCUCAUGCGUCGCAUGCUUGCUGUGCUACAAAUAUUUGCUGUCAGUCAGUUUGGUUGUGCUACCGGUCAGAUUCCUCGCACCCUCUGGCAGAAUGACCAAGCCAGCAAGGACUAUUCCCCCUUAAUUAAGAAACUGGAGUUGUCGGUCGAGCGGGUGAGGCAGCUCGCUAUGAAACACCAGCAGGAAGACCACGUUAUCAGUUCCUCUGAUCUGCAGGACAUUCCCUUAGGAGGCAGAGAUGAGCUGACUCUAGCGGUGCGGAAGGAGUUGACCAUUGCUUUGCGAGACCUGAUGGCUCACGGGCUCUAUGCCUCUUCUCAAGGAAUGAGCGUGGUAUUGGCACCCAUCGCGUGUUUGAUUCCUGCGUUCACCUCAUCCCCGCAGACCAUGCACCCCUGGGAACUCUUUGUGAAGUAUUACAACACUAAGAACGGACAAGCCUUUGUGGAAUCCCCAGCUCGCAAACUCUCCCAGUCCUUUGCUUUGCCUGUGACAGGAGGAGCGGCCAUUACCCCCAAACAGAGUCUGCUGACAGCGAUUCACACCGUCCUCACGGAGCACGACCCCUUCAAGCGCAGCGCAGACUCUGAACUGAAAGCUCUGGUGUGUAUGGCACUAAAUGAGCAGCGCCUGGUCUCCUGGGUAAAUCUGAUCUGCAAAUCUGGAGCUCUGGUACAAUCCCACUAUCAGCCAUGGAGCUACAUGGCAAACACAGGCUUUGAGAGUGCGCUCAACAUUCUCAGUCGCCUGAGCAACUUGAAGUUCAACCUCCCGGUUGACCUGGCUGUCCGGCAGCUGAAAAACAUCAAAGAUGCUUUUUGAUGUAUUUUUACUGUAGAUCAUACAUACCACAUCAUACUUGUUUUCCACAAGUAGGCAGCUGUCGGGCUCAAGAAGCCUGGCUUUUUUUUUUUAAGACCAUGUUUGGCUCUUUGAAAUUGGUACUUGCUUUUAGGGAAAUCUUACGGUGUCUCGAUGCUGGAAAUUUGUGUUUUACAAGGCUGCUGCUGCAAAGCUGCUGGAGGUUGUGCACCGUAUGGCGCCUCACCCUGCCCUUCUUGUGCAGCUCUGAAGAGCAAAGCCGCUUUGCCGGUGAGCAGAUACCGGCGUGUGAGGCUGGCUGCCCCGCGCGUGCCGGAGGCCUGGCCACAGAGGGGGAAAGGCCCUUAGAGCUUAGCUCCUGUGCUGCGCUCGCAUGGUUAUUUCUCCAAGUUUGUGGUCUAAAUCCCUCUUGCCCGGUGUUUGGUUGCCUCGGGUUGCCCGGUGGCGAGUGACUUGGCCUCCCCAGUGUGAAUGUGUCAAACCGGGGCGGCUCUGCUGGGUGCGGGGGCUCUGCAAUCCCCAGAAGCGGCCACGUUCUUCAGGCUGCCGGGGGACCGGCGCCGGCAGCUUUGUCCAGCACUCCCGAGCUCCUUCGUUUGAAGUUUUUGUGCAAUAGUCGGCGCCCCAGCGGCCUGGUGUUUUAUAGGGGAUGCAUUAAAUCGCUUCAGCAAGUGUACGUGUGGGGAGAACCCCGUGGCCGUGUUUUAAUUUGCGUUCGUGCCUAGCCCUUCUGCUGCGGGUGGGCUAGCGUGCUUGGUUUCUAAUAUUUAUAAUCGGCGUUUAGAUUAUCUGCAC